CUCUUCCAUUUUUGCAUAUAAAUAGAGGUUCAUUAUCUUUGAUCAUAAUCAUCGGCGAUUCAAAUUACUCAACAAUCAAAUCUUCUCUCAAUUUUCUCAAACAUCAUUUCAAAUCAAAUCAUGGCAAUCAAGGUUCAUGGAAGUCCGAUGUCAACAGCCACUCUCCGAGUGGUGGCUGCUGUUCAUGAAAAGGAGCUUGAAUACGAAUUCGUCACCAUUGACAUGAAAUCCGGUGCUCAUAAACAACCGCCUUUCAUCUCCCUUAACCCAUUUGGACAAGUGCCAGCUCUUGAAGAUGGAGAUCUCAAACUUUUUGAAUCAAGGGCAAUUACAAAAUACAUAGCAUACAACUACGAAAACAAAGGAACAUCUCUUGUUCACAAAGACGGCAAGCAAAUGGCCGAGUUAACCGUUUGGAUGGAAGUCGAGGCUCACCAAUUCGACCCAGUAGGCAGCAAGCUUGUGUGGGAACUUAUCAUCAAGAAUCUAUUUGGAAUGCAAAGUGAUGAUGCUGUAGUCGAAGAGAACGAAGCUAAGUUGGCUAAGGUUCUCGAUAUCUAUGAGUCCCGAUUGUCCAACUCCAAGUACAUUGCUGGUGAUUCAUUCACUUUGGCUGAUCUUCACCACUUGCCUGUCCUGCAAUACUUAAUGGGCACCAAAGUGAAGAAUUUGUUCGAUGAACGCGCUCAUGUCAGUGCUUGGGCUAAGGACAUUUUGGGUAGGCCUUCAUGGGCAAAGGCUUUGGCUCUGCAGAAACAACCUUGAGCUGAUCUUUGUGUGCCUUAUUUCUUGUACUGUAUUGUUUGCCUCUAUAUUACUUCUAUGUUUGCAGUUUAGUUUUUUUGAUUUCUGUUUUCUGGAUUAUGCUGUAUUUUGAUAAUAUCUUUGUUUUUGUAUCUUAUGAGAAUUUAAUAAAUAUUAAUUUUACCUGAA